AUGCAUUUAAAAUUCGAAGGCGCGGUAUUCGAGUGUACCGACCCGAUCGCGAUGGCGCGUCAUCGCGACGUUCCCAUAACUCGGUGCGUCAAGAUUAUGUCGGAUUUAGUUAAUAUAAUAUGCGCACCUCGGGAAGUGGACGCGUUCGGGUCGGGCGAUUUGUUGACCUUUGGCCGAUUUCGGGAACGUGUAGGCUCGCGUGUAGCGAAACGCACCGGGGUCGGGACGAUCAAUAGGCGACAGGACGGGCGGUUGGGGUCGCCCGCCUGGAUAGGUGUUCGGCAAGAGCGGCGGGACAAAGGCUACGGCAGCGCGGGCCGGGCAAGGAGGCGCGCGGCACGGCGUUCGUCGACCCGCCGUCUCAAGGCCGCUCUUACACGUGCCACGGGCGCUUCCUGCCGCCGCCAUAACAAACCACUCCCCGCUCCGCCGCCACCCCAGCGUUCCCCCAGUUAUGCAAAACCCCCUAAUCUUCCAUUUGGAGUAGGCCGCUCGAGGUUCCCUUGGGACAUGUGCUAUUUUUGGCUCCAAUUUAGCUCACCUGCAGGAAAAGCGACUUAUCUAAUUCAUGUUAUAAAU